CCAUAUCAGUUGAUUCCCUACGGCAGGAACAGCACAUUCACGGGUCGAAAAAGUCUUCUAGAAUCGUUAAAGGGAUUUACCGGGGGUUCUUCGCACUGCCGAAUCGCACUGCAUGGGCUAGGUGGCUCAGGGUAUGUGUCGAUUAUUUCCCCAUAGGAAGGAUGAGCUGACGUUGCUUAGAAAAACUCAGAUUGCGCUUGAAUACGUUUAUCGGUGCAUCAGCGAGAGCGGUUGUCAUGUUUUCUGGGUGCAUGGAAGUGGGCUUUCAAAAUUCAGUGAGGAAUUUAGGCGUAUUGCAGACCAUGUCCCGAUUCCUCUAGCCAGCGCUGCGACGGACCAAGAAGGAUUCCUGUUAAAUAUUAGGAAGUGGUUAGAAGGCUCGAAUAGUGGUGACUGGAUUCUGGUUAUCGACAAUGCCGACAACGACGCCGACUUUGUUGGAAACACAAGCCCUAUCGCCAAGUAUAUUCCGCAAGGCAUGAAAGGGACAGUGAUAUUCACGACCAGGUCUAGGCAGGUAGCAUCGCGGCAGGGCUGCAAAAUAAUCGAUGUUGGAAGAAUGGGAGAGGAAGAUGCAUUGGAAUUGUUUUCAAAGCGCUUCGGCAGUAGGGGCGGUUUGGAGGCUGAGGAAAAAAAGGCCAUAAGAGGGAUUCUGGCCUCUGUGCACCACCUGCCGUUGGCAGUAAUAGGCGCAGCAGCCUUCAUGAUCGAAACAAGGACACCACCAUCCAUGUACUGGACGAUUCUCCAGAAUAGCGAUGAGCAAGCGAAGAGGCUGCUUUCGCAGCGGUUUUGCGACAUCCAGCGUGAGGUUAAUGUGACCGAAAGUAUCCUCGGUACAUACUUUGUCACGUUCAACCGGAUCAGACAACAGAUGCCCCCAGCGGCACAACUUCUGCGGCUAAUUGCAUUCUUGGAUCGCCAAAGCAUACCAGAAGAGCUAUUGAGCCAACCCUACCUGGAAGCAAUGGGUGAUCUGGUUGAGUUUCGGCAGGCCAUUGGGAGGCUUUUGGGGUUCUCAUUAGUUACAAUUAUCAAAUGUGAGGAGAAAGUAUUUUACGAGCUUCAUCGCCUUGUUCAACUAUCUUUACAGGUGUAUUUACCAGCGAAAGAGCUGAAUCAAGGAAAGGCGGCUGCGCUAAGAGUGGUUUCGCGAUUGUUCCCCCGAUAUCAGAACGAGUGGCGAUGUGUCGGUCCCGUAUACAUUUCGCAUGCACUCGCUGUAACAAGGGAUUUAGGGGAUCCCAUUGCGGAAGAGCUUGGUUUUCGUAUGGGAAGGUAUUUUCUGGAUAUUG